CUUUGGUACUUUGGCGUUCAAACACUCAUGAAAAAUAAAAAAGUUUGACAUUUUUAACAUUUUGGGGCAUGAUCGUGCCCUUUAUCUCGCUUUUGCGUGGACUUUCUUCAUCUCUUGGCGUGGGUCGUUAUUGCACGAUGGCAACAAUUCCAAAGAGGGCUAAGCCAGGGCCUGGACACGGCGAAGACAGAUUGAUUUGGGUGGAUUGUGAGAUGACUGGGCUGGAUAUCAACAUCUGUCACCUCAUCGAAGCAGCCUGCCUCAUCACGGAUAAAGACUUAAACAUUGUGGCGACAGGUCCAGAGCUCAUCAUACACCAGCCAGAUGAGAUCAUGGACAACAUGAACCCAUGGUGCAAAGAUCAUCACGGAGAGUCAGGACUCACUGCAGCAGUGAAGGCGAGUAAAAUUAGUCUCAAGCAAGCUGAAAUGGAACUACUGUCAUUCGUGCGAGAACAUACACCCCAAGGUGUCUGCCCCCUUGCUGGUAAUUCUGUCCACGCCGACAAGAAGUUCUUGGACAAAUAUAUGCCAGACCUCAUGAAGCACUUUCACUACAGAAUAGUUGAUGUCAGUACUAUCAAGGAGCUUUGUAAGAGGUGGUAUCCGGAACAUUAUAAAAAUGCACCACAGAAGAAACUCUCACACAGGGCCAUGGAUGACAUCAGAGAAAGCAUCGCUGAGCUAAGAUACUAUCAGAGAGCAAUAUUUAUUCCAAGCAACCAUCAUCCAAGUGGCAUUGGUGAGCGAUGAACUGUUGGAGAUGCUUUUUCAAGGACGAUCGUUUUGCUGCCUCACCAAAUAACCCAGAAAAAGUCAUUCAAAAUGAGAGUCUUGUCCCUUGAGAAUAAGAUAAGCUGACAGUUAUACCCUUGGCCGCAGCUACAUCUAAUUAGAGGUCGGAGGCAUCCACUUGAUAGUUAUUGUACACACCUGUAAUACGUGGCUUGUGUUCAGUUCAAAAAGUUAUGUGA